ACUACUUCCAAUAGAAUAAAGGAAAGAGAAAAAAAGGAACAAAAAAACAAAGAGAAAUACAGAUUUUACAAUCAGUAACUUCUCAAUAUCAAAACCAUAUUUUUGCCUGUGCACUGCCUCUCUGAAGUUCAGAAGACCACCACCGCACCACCGCACCACCGCCUACGGACCCACCAGAAGACUACUACGGGCCCACCAUAUAUCUUGUUAUAAUAACUGUUUUUAUAACACAGAGAAAAAAAAGAAGAAGAAACUCACACUGUUUUCAUUGAUAGACAGUAAACAAUAUUCUUCUUUAGUUUUUCAUCAAUUUGUUGCUUAAACAAUUUGUAUUAUUCUGUUACUAAUAUUAUGUUUUGGUUGAAAAUGGCAGGAAUAACUGAAAUUUAUUUGGGCGGGAAAAGAAGUUAAAUUUUUGAUGAUCAAGUUUUGGCCUUUAUUGGAGUAUGGUGGAAAAAUGCAAGGAAUUGGUGGGAUGAUUAUGUUAGCGAUGCUUUUGCUGAAUCUGUUACAUGAUUAUGGUGGAGAAGCACUUCAAAUUCUUUCGAAAUCGAAACUCGAAAAAUGUGAGAAGACUUCUACAGAUGGUGGUUCUAAUAACAAUGCUAACCUCAACUGUACUCACAAGAUUAUCAUCAACAUGGCUAUUCCUAGCAACUCUAGUGGGGGAGAAGCCUCAAUGGUGGCGGAAGUUGCAGAGGUGGAGGAAAAUUCUACAAACAAUAUGCAAACUUUGCGACUGCCCCCUGUGAUUACUGUCAACAAAUCUGCUGCUUAUGCUGUGUUUGAUCUGACUUAUAUACGAGAUGUCCCGUAUAGACCCCAAGAGUAUUUUGUCCAGACACGUAAGUGUGAGCCGGAUGCUGAUGCACAUGUUGUGAAGAUAUGUGAGAGGUUGAGGGAUGAACAAGGUCACAUAAUUGAAGCCUCUCAGCCAGUCUGCUGCCCUUGUGGUGAUAGGCGACGAGUACCUUCUACAUGUGGAAACUUCUUUGACAAGCUGGUAAAGGGGAAAGCCAAUACUGCACAUUGUCUACGGUUCCCUGGUGAUUGGUUCCAUGUAUUUGGCAUCGGACAGAGAACUGUGGGAUUUACUGUUCGAAUUGAAGUCAAGACAGGAUCCAAAGUAUCAGAAGUGAUUGUUGGUCCUGGAAAUCGAACAGCCGUGUCCAGUAACAACUUUCUCAGAGUGAAUCUUAUUGGGGAUUUUUCUGGUUACACUAAUAUUCCAUCAUUUGAGGACUUCUACCUAGUGAUACCAAGGCAGCAUGGACCAGGCCAACCUCCAGAUCUCGGGAAAAAUUUCUCUAUGUAUAUGCUACUCGAGAGAGUGAGAUUCACAUUGGAUGGUCUUGAAUGCAAUAAAAUUGGAGUCAGCUAUGAGGCUUUUAAUGGUCAGCCAGAUUUCUGCACCUCUCCUUACUGGAGUUGUUUGCACAACCAGCUCUGGAAUUUUCAUGAAGCUGACCAGAAUCGGAUUUCUAGGAAUCAACCACCAUUAUAUGGCGUGGUAGGAAGGUUCGAAAGAAUAAACGAACACCCAGGUGCAGGGCCUCGUUCAUUUUCCUUUGGGAUCUCUGAAGCUCUAAAUACUAAUCUUCUGAUAGAACUAGCAGCUGAUGACAUUGAAUAUGUUUAUCAGAGGAGCCCUGGAAAGAUUUUAGGUGUUACUGUCCCUACAUUUGAAGCACUUGCUCAGUUUGGGACUGCAGUUAUCAAAACAAAGAACAUUGGUAAAGUGGAAGCAUCAUACAGCUUGACGUUUCAAUGCUCGAAAGGUGUCACAAUGAUGGAGGAACAAUUUUUUAUCAUGAAGCCCGAAGAAGUUGCUACUCGAUCAUUUAGAAUAUAUCCAGUUACAGAUCAAGCUUCAAAAUAUGCAUGUUCUGCAAUUUUAAAAGAUUCGGAAUUCAAUGAAGUCGAUAGAGCCGAGUGCCAGUUCACCACCACAGCCACAGUACUUGACAAUGGAACACAGGUUCCCUUUGAGCCGCCGAAGUCAGGCUCAACAAGUUUUUUUGAAACUAUCAGAGACAUGUGGAACAAGUUGUGGACUGGUUUAUCAGACUUCAUCACAGGAAAGACUUGCAGAAGCAAGUGUUCUGGAUUCUUUGACUUCCACUGUCACAUUCAAUAUGUGUGCAUGAGUUGGGUCAUCAUGUUUGGCCUAUUUUUGUCCAUCUUCCCUACAGUCCUUGUGCUAGUGUGGCUUUUACAUCAAAAAGGACUCUUUGAUCCUCUCUACGACUGGUGGGAAGAUAAUUGCUGGGAAGGUUUGCCAAGACACAGGAACACCCCGAGGCACAGAGUUCAGCACAAUCAUCACCGGGUUCAUCACAAGAAACACCGAGCUCAUCAUCAUCACCGAGCUCACCAUCAUCACAACAACAUGCACGGACUGAAGCAUAGGCACCGGAAGAUUAAUACUGAACAAGAGCAUCAUCACCAUGCAGCACAUCGACCAAACGAUUAUAAUCAGUAUUUGCAUCAUGUUCAUAGAGACAAGCAUAAACAUGACAGACAUCGAAGUAGCACCGGUGUAAUUCAGCAGUUGCAUUUGGAGAGUAAAGAGGAUUAUGUGAUUCGGCAUCACAGGCACAGGAAAGAGAGGAGAGCUAUCAAAAGUACAUCGGAAUUUCAAAUAUAUGACAAUGAAGAUGGAAAUGAGCGUCAUGAGGAUGAACGUCAUUUGUUUGUUGAAAAAUAAUGUUUGUAUCAAGAGGAGAAUAGAUGAACCAAAAAGCAUCUGAUGAUUGUGCUCUACUCUUCCCUCUGAUGAAAUUCUCUGUUACUUCUUGAAGCAUUGUAGCUUUGUCUGCAUUGUAUUGUCAAUAUACUAGGGUCAAAAGGUAAUGGGAACUUGUAUUUACGCUAACCAUGUUUCUUUUGAAGCGGACAACUAAAUCUACGAACUACCUUUUCUGGUUUCCAUAAUUUUGUUUUUAUUUCCAAGAUAAACUGACAACAGCCAAGGAUAACCAUUAUACAUAUUUUUACUGAAGCUUCAAUCAAUCAAAUAUUUUGUUUUACAUUUUGUUCUUAAGAAUAUAAAAACCACCUACUACUUCUAAGGAAUAUAUGAGUGAGAAGGGUUACAUUGUCAUGAGGUAAAGUUGUAACAUGGACGACAAAAAACAAAACGUCUAAGGUUGGCAACAGCAUAACUCACCUUCCGAUCCUAUUCACUAUCUGUUUUCCAAUCUUGAUCGUCAAAGAGGUCUUCAGGAGGAUCAUAGACAGAGAACCCAGGAAAAAGCUCCAAGAAAUCAUCUUUGAUCUUUUCCCUCAAUUCAGGAUAUGGAAUAAGUCCUUUCAGAAUUACCCGAAAGGGAAGUGAAAGAGGAGGAUCAGGGGACUGCCUCAUUUCAUCAUAUAUUUCCAUCGCCUCAUUCGGCAGU